AUGCCUCACAAGCACAAAAGAAAGAGGGGAGAUGACGAAGCAGACUUCAACCUCCCUCCGACUCAAAGAGCACGACCUUUACAAGUAGGAAAGAAGAAGACGACAACAGGAAAGGGGAAAAAGGAUGCAGAAGACACAAAAGAUAUUGCACCAAAGACGAAGAAGGGCAAGAAGGCUCGCAAGGACAAUGAUGCACCUCGAGCUUUCAGACGACUCAUGUCUGUCGCACAGGGGAAGAAAGUGAGAUCUGGCCUCGACGACGGCGAAGAUACAAAAACCGCAAAACAAAAGGCAGAGGAUCUCAAGAUCCGUCCAGGCGAAGAUCUAAGGGCGUUUGCUCAACGAGUCGAUGCUUCACUACCAGUCGCAGGCCUCACCAAGAAGACUGCCAUCAAGGAUGGCAAGGAUGAGCAGGGGUUCAAGGUCUAUCGCACUCGAAAGGAGAGAAACAUGCACAAACUUUACGCCCAAUGGAGAGAAGAGGAGCGAAAGAUCCAGGAGCAAAAAGAGGAAGAAGCAGACGAAGAAAUCGGGCGAGAACUCGACGAAGACCCUACUGGCGCUGCAGCAAUUGCGCGAGCAACACUCAACGAAGCGACAGGCAAGCGAGCACGACGAAAGGGUGGAAAGGUCGACGACCCUUGGGAGGAGUUGAAGAAGAAGAGAGCCGAAGCCAAGAUUGCUGUGCACGACCAGGCGCAAGCCCCACCUGAGCUGAACAAGAAUUUGACAAAACAGAUCAAGAUUAAAGAUGCUACUGCGGAUGUUGGAAAUAUCCCCAAGGCUGCGGGCAGUCUGAAGAGAAGAGAGGAGUUGCAGGAGGCUAGGGCGGAUGUUUUGGAGGCGUAUAGAAAGAUUCGGGAACAUGAACAGGCCAAGUUGUUAAGGGUAGGCCUCUAA